AUGUCCAUCCCCGCACCCACGCCUUCGGCAAAAAAACAAGACUGGUCCGCAUCCCAAUACCUCAAAUUUCACACUGAGCGCACUCGUCCGGUUUACGACCUAAUCUCUCAAAUUCAUCCCCUAAUCACCACCCCUAACCCCCGAAUCUACGAUCUAGGCUGCGGGCCUGGCAACAGUACCAAAGCACUGAUCGAUGCAUUUCCCGGCGCACGGGUGACGGGGAUGGAUAGUAGCCAGGACAUGCUAGAGAAGGCUCGGCUGAGUUUACCCGACGUUGAGUUUACGCAGGGUGAUGUUGGGAACUUCACACCUACGGGGGGAGAUGAGGAAGGGGGAAAGGGUGUCGAUGUCUUAUUUUCCAAUGCAGUAUUCCACUGGCUGCGGUCCUCCGUGCGUCUCCCGACGCUAACUCGCCUCCUGCAAUCCCUCCCCAAAGGCGGGGUUCUCGCAUUCCAAGUCCCAGAUAACUACACCCAGCCAUCCCAUGCGCUCAUGCGUAGCACGGCGCUCCUGCCUGGGAAACCUUGGUCCCCUUACUUCCAGUCUGCAAACAUUGGAUCCCUGUCCUCCCACACCCGGCCUGAUCUUGAUCCCAUAGAAUCUCCAUCUACCAUCUACAACACCCUUGUCCCUCACGCAUCAUCUGUAAUCAUCUGGCGGACGGAGUAUCUUCACGUGCUAGAUGAUGCGGGAAAGAUUGUCGAGUGGGUUAAGGGGACGGGGUUGCAGCCUUUCUUGCAUCGGAUGCCAGAGAGCGGUGAUAGUGGCGAUAGGGGGCGAGGGGUGAGGGAGGCGUUUUUGAAAGAAUAUGAAAGGAGGUUGGAGGAGGUGUAUACCAGACUCGAGGAUGGACGGGUUUUGCUUGGAUAUCCGAGGUUGUUUGUUGUGGCGGUUAGGAAGUAG